AGCCCCGUGCUCUGGAGCGUGGCAGCCCGCAGUGCUGCCCGGACUCCGAGACCGACACCAGCGCCGCCUUCCCCCCGCCCCUCGCAGCCCCGGGGCUGCUGGACUCCGGUACCGCCGUCCCCAACAACGGGCCCAGGAGGGCUGCGCGCCGGUACCGGUGGGCGCCCAUCGCCGCCGCCUCGGGGCGGGCCGGGCGGCUGCGCACACGGGGGCGGCCGGGCCCGCCUCCGCUGCUGCUCGGCAGCACCGCGGACAGCGCCGCUCCCCCGGCCCCGGCGGCGCCGCCCGAUCCCCCUACCCCGGCACAGCCCGGCGGCACCGCCGGUUCCACCCCAGCCGGGCACCGGAGGCACCGCCAGUUCCGCCCCCAGCCCAGCUCCGGUGUCACCGCCGGUUCAUCCAGCAUCCCCGGCACAGCCCGGCACCGGUGGCCCCGCCGGUUCCUCCAGCAUCCCCGGCACAGGCACACGCCCCGCCAUGGCCACGGAGGUGCACAGCCUGCAGGAGCUACGGCGCAGCGCAUCCUUGGCCACCAAGGUCUUCGUGCAGCGGGAUUACAGCGAUGGGACCACGUGCCAGUUCCAAACAAAGUUCCCCCCUGAGCUGGAGAGCCGGAUCGAGCGGCAGCUCUUCGAGGAAACCGUGAAAACUCUUAACAGCUUCUAUGCUGAGGCAGAGAAGAUCGGGGGCAGCUCAUACCUGGAGGGGUGCCUGGCCUGCACCACUGCCUAUUUCAUCUUCCUGUGCAUGGAGACACACUAUGAGAAGGUCCUGAAGAAGAUCUCCAAGUACAUCCAGGAGCAGAACGAGAAGAUCUAUGCACCGCGGGGGCUGCUGCUCACCGACCCCCUGGAGCGUGGCAUGAGGGUCAUUGAGAUCUCCAUCUACGAGGACCGGUGCAGCAGUGGCAGCUCCAGCAGCGGUAGCUCCAGCAGCAGCAGCGGUGGCGGGGGUGGCGGCGUUGGGGGCCGGUGACUGGCAGGAAGUCCCUGCAGGGACUCGUACUGCCGGGACAGUGGCCUCUCCGAGCUCCGCAGGCUGCACUACCAGAGCACCCGAUUCUGAGCACAGGGCGGGUGGCAGGGGAAGGCUGGGGGCUGCCCACCUGCCUCUGCUCUGUGGCCCCCCCAGUGGCUCUGCCUCUGCUCAGACCCACUGCAGGAAGGGGCUGGGGCAUCCCAGGUGCUUCCCACUGAGCCAAACUGGUGCCAAGGGGCACCCACAGCCCUCUGGGUGCCUCUGCUUGCUCCUGCCCCAAGUGAAGGAUCUUGCCCCUCCACAGGCAGCCCCAGCUGGCAGCGUCCUGUGUCCCAUGCCCAGGGAAGCAGUGGGACCAGCAAAGCUGUAGGCAGUGCUAAGGGGAGGGGGGCUUAGCCCCACGCUGGCAGGCACUGCCAGCCCUUGCUGGCCCCCCUCUCUGGGGCAUGCCACUCUUGGUGCUGUAGGGUGGGCUCAGCCACCGUGUGCCUGCUGCCCAGGGUGCCUGGCAGAGCCCUGGUGCUGCUUCACCUGCAUGAUGGUGCCAUGCAAUUGCUGCUGCUCUGUCCCACGUGCUACCUAUUGCUGCUCCCCAGCCCUGGCCAGGUGCCCUGACCCAUCUGGCAGCAGUGUCCUCUCCUGCAGCAUCCUUCAGCACUGCCCGCAACAUUGAGCACUUGCUUCUGCUCCCUGUCCAAGCCAGUGCCAUCCCCAGCAAAAACCCAUAAAGCUCCCCAAUCCCAAGCCCUGUGCCCAGAUGUGUUUCCUGCCCUUCUGCUGCUUGCCCCAGGCUCAUGCAUGGCCCACUGUAACAGGCUGAGCUGUGGCAUUGGUAAGCCAGGCUCCCUGCUGAGUCCCGGCAGAUCCUGCCUGCACUGACUGCUGGCAGCCGCCUGCCAGUUCCACCCCAUGGUCUCCCCCAAGGCAUGGAGGGUGCCCAGUAGAGCUGCUCCACCAGGACCCUUCCUCUCCUGCUGCUUAGCCCUCCCCUGCCCUCACGUCCUGCGUGUAUCUGCCACCAGCACCCCAAUACUCAACUUGGCCUGCUGUGGAGACCCCAAGGGGCACCUGGGCCCAGCUGCAACAUGUGUGGGUUCAUAGGCCAGGGUCAGACGGGGGGAACAGAAAGGUCCCUGUGACAUCCAGCAUCCUGUGGAGAUAAAUCUCUGCCGGGGUGCAGGGCUAGAUGGAGCCAGUGUUGCUUUUCUAGGGUCCUGGAGGGAGGAACCUGCCCCCUGGGGCUCCCUUUGGCUCAGUCAUGGUCUGUGUGCCAGGUGGCCCUGGCCCUGCUGUUUCCACAAGGGGUCCCUGCCUGGACACCUUCCUCAAUAAACCCCGUACUUUAUCCACUGCCUCCUGUCCUGUGUCCUCCAGCAUCAGAGAAGGGAGAGGGGUGAGGGUGGAGGGCACAGAGCUGGGCUGAG